UCCUGAAAGGACUGUGCUGUGCCUUGUCGCGUUUCUUCAUCUGUGGGUGCGGCCGAGCCCCCCUCUCUCUCUGUCCCCAGCAGCUCCCAGAUUUUCCCUUCGCGAACUUCGUGCCGUUGAGCAACGCUACGUGUAUCACGCGCGAGUAACUUACCACUGCUUGUCGCUUUUCUUCAACCUCGCCACACCUGAGCUGGCGGUCCACAAAGUUUUUUCGCUCUCCAUAGGCAGCAAUGAUUCUUCGAUAACGCAAAACAGCUUUUGGGGGACGGGUGCCUUCCCGAGGAGCACCGACUGUGUCAUGCAGUUGCAUUUCCCCGUGCCGCGUGCUUGAUCCAUGUUUCCGCGAUCCCCGGAACGAUGACGCGUUUUCUUCGCCGUCGAAGCAUGGCGUAUUGUCUGCGUUUCCUGGCUUGCCUGUCUUUUUUCCUGGCUGCCGGACCCCUCCGCUGUUUCGUCCCGUCUUGCUAUCUGCUGUACCAGCUCCUCUGGACAGGGGCAGCGACUGGCGGCUUCCCAUGGCAACGUCCUAGUCCCACUCCUCUGGACUUUUUCGGCUCCGAGGACCCUUUCUCUUUGUUUUCCUCGACCUCCCCCGCCCUCCCUUUUCCGUCAGCCAACUCGGUUUCUCCGUCAGAAGCAAACGUCUUGGGCGAUGCUGCGGCUUCCGUAGCUCCUGCCAGCUCGCCGAUAUCUCGCGAAGCUGGAGAACGACGCCAAGGCGCCGGUCCUGAAUUCUCUUCGCUUUCCUCUGCACAAAGCGCUCCAUCCACAUUCGCAGAUGUCGCGACUCGGCUGUCUCCUAGUUUUUCCGAGGGAGAAAAUGACAGACAGCCUCCCGGACGCGCGGCGCCGUCAAACGCCCGUCUGUCCUCGGGUCUUGCAGCCGCUGUCAGCCAAGAAGCGGGGACGCAGCGUCGCUUGCCGCCUUCAGAUUCUGCGAAGAGCAUGCCGCCAACAUGGAACGACCACAAUCAGGGGACUUUACCUGCAUCUGUACCUUCUCCGUUGCGCGAACACAAUCCAUUCUCCUCGCACCUUGAGGGGCAGCACGCAUGUGGAGCUCUCUUUGCCCCGCCUCGCGGACGCGGGUCAGAUCGUUUGUUUUCUCAGAACGAAGCCGAGAAGGAGAAGGGGAAAGGUGCCUCGUCUGACAACCUGGAUAUCCUCGUCAGAAACAUAAACAUGCCUCAUCGCUCUGUCGCCGUCGGCAGCAUGCAGGUGCACCUGCCCGUCGACCGUCAGCGUGGAAGUCGAACGGAUUCGGAGUCUUCAGGUGACGCAGAGACGGAAAAUCGCCGCAACAAACAAGCAGCUGAGAAACGGACGGGGGAAGGAAGCGUCUUCGACGCUCUCGCGGGACACAGAGAACCGCAGAUUCGACAGGACCCCGCGGAGGCCAGCGAAGAAGAAACUGAACGGGAAGUCGCUGCGUCCGAGCACGCCAGUGUGAAACUCGACAUCUCUCACUUCUCCCUCCCCACAAAGGCGGUCCUUUUCUUUCGAUGGGGCAAGCCACCAACGUUUGUAAACUACGACUUGCGGUUGGAAGUCGCGUCUCCUGGAACGUAUUUUCUUCCCCUCGUUUGGCCUGCUGAUGGCAUCUCUCCUCUUCGACGUUCGGUUGAGUGCUCGUCUCCUUCCUCUCCUCUCGCCUCCUCGUCUUCUGCUUAUUCCCCUUCCGCGUCCUUUCCUGCAUCCUCUUCGUCGUUAUCUUCUACGCCUUCUUCUCUUUCUACACAUCCGUCUGGAGGUGACGCCCUCAGCUCGUCCCUGUCGUCUGUUUCCGACGUCCGUCCCUGCGCUUGUUCACGUCCUGCUUUCCCUCCUCCUUUCGCCUCCGCGUCUUCGGCCGUCUCUGCUGCGUCCCCUUCUCUUUCCGAGGCUGGUUCCAUGUCUCUUGUGUCUUCGUUUCUCCCUGUCGGGAAACUCUAUUAUCUCGUCAUAUCCUGCACUGUUGCCGAACUCGCGUCGUAUCGGCAAAAGUUAACACCUCGCGGCAGAGAUGCAUUUCUCGCUGGGACGCUCUCCCUGUCUUUCCACGGAGACAAGUUUCUGCGGAUUUUCCCGCUGCUCACCCAAGACGAACGAGAGAACAUGGAUUUCUCUCUCGACCCAGGAAAGAAUGGAAAUGUCCACUACUUCCAUCUUCCCAGCACCGUCUCUUCUCCCGCCACUACAGUCCCUGAAGGAGCCGAGAGAGCGGAAAAUGCCCCGGACCUGUCUCCUCUGGGGGGCGCUUUUAUCCGGGCGCUUGGAGACUCAGCGAGGAGACACGGAGACGCAGCGGACGGAGCCGAGAGGCUGGACACCGUGGGGAGAGAAUUGUCGGAGGCGGAGAAGCAUGCGCCAGACUCGGUGGAGAACCUCGAGUGUGAUAAGCGACAUGCAAAGGUGCCUCAGGCGGGGCGGAAACACGAAACAACCUCAGGCAAAGCUGAAGGGGAUUUGUCCUCGAACAGAGACAGCGGAAAUCGUGUUGCAAACGCCGUCGAAAAGGCUCGAAAAGGAGAUCAGGAACAGGGGAAAAACUUCGAGAAAGAGGUCGACAGUCAAUUCACCCGCUUCUUCUUUUUCACGCCGAAAACGCUGUUGCAGGAGGUGGUGGUGGAGGGUGGGGAAGUUGAGGGAAGACUGGAUGCCUUUCGGGACGAAGGCUCUCCGCUUCCAUUGUCCCCGCCAUCUUCUCUCUCUCGUCUUGGCAGAACGCACCCACCUGGUUUUCGUUUGCGAUUUCCUCGAAAGCGCGUCUCUCCUCCUUACCAACUGAAGGCAGCGCCGACCUUCUCCUUCGAGUGGCAUCAAGUUCUUUCACUUCCACCUCAGGUCGCUGCGCCUUCUUCGUCUGUUUCAAAUCCUUUUUCUUUUUCACCUUCUUCGUCUUCUGAGUCUUCCUCGUCUUCAGGUGCUUCCGGCUCGCCGCCUUUUCCAAUUGCAUGCAUUCGCGUGAAUUUCUCAGGGGCGCCUGUCUCGACCUUUCAAAGGGAGAAUGAGGAGAGAGGCCUUCUUACGUCGCUGGAUACUUGCUCCUUCUUCAGUGAAGCCGUGCACAGAGGAGGAGUUCAGAGAGAGGAGAAACAGGGGGACGUUCUUUCUGAGCAAGAGGGGCGAGGAAACAAACAAGAAGCAGAGGCCCAGGGAGACGCGAGGAACGGGGACGCUCUGAGGAGGCUAUCGACGCAGGAAAUGGAAGCAGAAGAGUUUUCGUCUGUGUCGGCGACUCUCUCGCGUUUCUUUGAUCUGCGCGCCGUCGACAUCUUGAAGCCGAGACAGCGAUCCGCCAAGAGAGAAGGCGGCAGGAGUGCUGGAGAGGAGAAGUCGGCAGAAGGGGGAAGACAAACACGCGAGUGGACGUUCGUCGUUCCUCAAGAAAGACUUCCUGAGGCAAUUCAAAAGGCUGCACACACGGUCACACUUUCCUGGCGGAUUGCCCCCUUGCUCGUUGUCCACCGUGAGACGCCGUCGCCUGCUCGGAGGGAGGGCGUCGGCCCUCAAUUUUGGGACCAGGCGGCCGCAAACAAAUCCGAGAGAGAAGAACGCGGGAGACGAAGACAGACCGAGGGCGCGUCUGUAGAGAAGGAGAGAACUCCACCUCAGACAGAAGGUGUGCAGAGGCGCGAACUUUCUGGGGAGUCUAGCGGACGCCGAGGAGGCGACACAGCAGCGGGGAAGCAUGGAAUACCUCUGCCUGGUGUGUUGUCGACUGAGGGAGUCGAAGAGACAGACAGCGAAGGCAUGGAGAACGCGAGAAGAGAGGAGAUGAGUAAGGAGAGGGAAACGGAGCGCGCGGUCGGUGGAGCCUCUCGAAUGCGAGAGGAUAGGCGGAAGGAAGAGCGAGAGACAACAGAGAGAGACACUUUGGAUCGCACCUUGUUUCUCCUUUCCCAGAGAAUCACUUUCGAUCUCCCAUCCCGAGGCCCGUGGGCGUUCACGUUCUACCUGAACACGACGAUGCCGUUGGAGCGUGUAAUUUUCAGCUCUGAAAGCGUCGACUUGGGGGACUUCGGCUCCCCCCAAAACCACGCGGCUCUCACUGUUUCUUCUCCCACUGCUCCGCGUUCUUCUCGUCUUUCGCCAGCUGCUUCAGUGGACGGAGAGCCGUCUCUCGAGACUUUCUCCAAGGUGCCCUUUUUCAUCCGCCGUCACUCGUGCAGAGCGCGAAUGCUUGCGGCGCAGUGUCGCGACACAUGGGAGACAGCGGGCGCGAAGGAAGCGAGGCAACGUCAGAGCUCGACAUUUCCUCAACCGAGCUUUUCGCAUGGUCGAGGACGAACUGGAGAGCGGGGAGACUCAGGCAGUAGAGCAAAUAACGGGGGAUUCUUCGCCGAGACGAGCCCGGCUUUAGAUGUCUUUUCUCCCACGGUUGUUCGCUUUUCUUCUCUCUUCUCCGGGAUGAUUUCGCCGAUUCUCUCUCUAUUUUCAACAAGUUGGAGCGAAGAGACUGAAGUGCCUCAGGCGCCAGUUUCCUCGAAACGACAAUCAACGCAAUCGACUUCCCUUUCUUAUCCUGUUUCUCCACCUUCCUCCCUUUCUUCCCAACACGGGUGCACCUCCUGUCCCUCCGCCCGAUCUUCUCUUCUCUUCCUCCCCCUUGUGUCUCCGGCUCUUCCCUCGCCUUCAUUCUCUUCUUUUCUUAUCCUUUCUUCUGUCUUUUCCAGUCGCUCUUCUCCUCCUUCCUCCCUUCCUCGUUCUUCACCGCAUUCGUCUCCUUCGUGGUGUCCCUGUUCUCGUUCAUCAGGUGUGUGCGACACCUGGUGUGCGACGCCGCUGUUGUCCUUUUCUCGUCCGCUGCUCCCCAUUUUUCAGCCGAAUCUUCUGCAGAGUCUCGCGCUGUCUCUCGGGCCGGAGACCGCCGAGAGACCGGCUCUCGCAGAGCUGUUCUUUUCGCCAUCAGACGUCUCCGGAGGGGUCGCCCUGCUCCUCAAACUCGAUGCGGGAGACAUCUGGCGGAGUCCGCAGUUCGUCUGCGAGGAGGCUGACUGGCAGCAGGAAGAAGCGAGGUUGCGAGCAGAACGCGAAGACUCUGAAUUGGUGAAAAAGAGAGGCCAGAAGGCUCGCCAGCAGGAGGUAGGCGACGCGGGCAAGCCUGGAACGCAGCGCGUCGGCGACAGCAGGGAGGAGAAAGGAGACACUGCCUUCGAACGGGCAGAGGGGGGGGAAUCGCAGCAACAACGCGAGGAACACGAGUUGAGCGGCAUGGCUAGCGCGACGGCCUCCGAUCGACUGCAUUCAUCGCCUUCCCAGACAUGGACGAAGACCGACUCGCGGGGAGCUCCUGUCGCUUCGCAGGAGGCCCGAGUGCCCUUCGAGCGCGCAGCGCCGACUGCAGGUCCGGUGAAGAGAGAUUUGGAGGCGGUCGAGAGGGCGAGGUCUCGUCAACAUGCGAGCGGGACAGCGACAGAGGCGCCAGAGACCGACGUCGUGGUCUCCUUCUUCACUGUGGAGUUUCUUUUGCGGCGAGAAGCUGCUCCCUUUCGACGCGCACGACCAGACGAGCUGGAGGCCGCGAAAGAAGAAACGAGAGAUCAAGCGUUCAACACCCAUUGGGGCAGUGCGACAGACACAGUUGUGGCGCAUCGCUGGCGACUUCCGUUCGCGUGUCGCUCUGCUGUCGCGGGCGGAGCGAAGCGGGGGACUGUUGAGCUCGCUGGAGACAAUUCGAGCGGGGGUACGCCAGUAGUCAUGCCAGUAGUCAUGGAGUUGGGGGCAGACGAGGAGACAGACGACGUCAGCAGACGAAGGAGCUUCGCGGUUGACAGGGUGCGAACUGACAAACGCGAGUUCGCAGACGAGGUGCAAGAGAGAAGCAGCCAAAGCCUAGACACGAACAGGUCGCGUGUCUCAGAGGACGCUUCUUCUUCCCGCUUUUCCUCUCUCGCGGCUGUGAUGGAUUCUUCUCUUUCUGGGGGGUUGUCCGCAAGUGGCGAGGCUUCGUCUUUCUCUCCUAGGUCUCCAUCUCGGACUUUUUCCUUGGCAAAAAAAGUCGGAGCCGGAGUCGAGUUUCUCUACGAAGCGACUGUGGCGCCGUCGUGGAACUUCCGCCCUGGCCGCCAUCUGGCCUCCUGGCGGCUCUUCAGACGCUCCGUAGUCGUGUCCGCUAACGACAAUUUAAAGCGAGAAAUAAAUCGAUUUCUGAUGAUGACGGAGAUCGACCAAGAGGCGAACAGAGACGAGCUGCAGAAGUAUGAGGCCAGAAGAGAAGCUGUUUCAGAAACCACCUUUUCGCAACAUGAAGCGCAAGACCUGCGGUGGGGAAACAACUCGCCAGGGGUCUUUCUCAAGGCGCAGUUCCUCGCAGACGAGCCGUGCGAGCAGACCUGUCAUCGAGGUCACUGUUGGCCCCUAGGCUUCGUGGACGGCUUCCGCCUCAACUACUGCCGGUGCACUUUGGGGGUUGGCGGCGCUGCAUGCGACGAGGAACUUCUCCCGCGCUGGUAUGUCGCUUUUCUCACGGUCCUUCUCGUUUUCUCCAACCUAGCGUUUCUCUUCGUUAUUCGCUUCUCAAUUCGAGAGCUGCUAGACUCGGCGCGUCCAUGGGAGACUGAGGCGAACUCAGACCAGGGAGAGGAGACACGUUCGAAGACGACAGCCGGUCAAGGCGAGGAGACACUUUCUAGGGCGAGGUGGAAACGACCCGCCGCGUGGAGACCUGUCGUUCGGCUGACCGUGUUCGGGACGGCAAUGGUGGCGUCGUCGAUGUACCACCUGUGUUUUGACGGCGACAGGUGUUUCGUUCUGUCUCCGAUGGACUGGCAGAAUCUGGACUUUCUAUUUUCGUUUUUCUCCAUUCUCCUGGUGCUGGUGGCUCUGAGCCGACUGCCAGUUUCCCUCGAGUUCUUCCUCGUCGGGGUCAGCUUCGCGGUUCUCUCGCGCGCGACGCUCGCCACGCGUCGCCGAUCGGCGACCGUCAGCCGCUUGUUUGUCUCCCUGAGUCUCCUUCUUCUUCUGCGGCUAUUCGGAGCUUUCCCUCGACGGUGGAAGGAACGUCGGAGACAGCGACGUCUUCUUUCUCCCGCUGCCUGGAGGUGCCGCCGGCUGCUCCUCACGGCGAUGGCUCGGGCCAUCGAAGCCGAGAGGGCAAGCCGGAAACAGCAGGGCUCGAUGGAGACGGGGCGAGGAGCGGUGUGGGGUGGGGUCCCCACAGAGUUCGAGGAGGGCCCUGUGAGGGGCGAGAGGAGAUCGGGACUCGUCGAGUCCAGGGAGGCCAGAAACGAGAGACGGAGAGACCUUGAACGGGCGGAGACAGCUUGGACUGCAGACGCCGAGGAAGGGAAAGACGGCAUGUCUUCGCCACAUGUACGCGAGUCCGUCGCGUUUCUUCAGAAAUGUCUCCUUGUUUGUCAGGACUUCUUCGUCGUGCUCGGCACACAGGUCGUCGAGGGAGUCGCAGACCCCUUGAGUCUGCUUCUCGGAAUCUCGCUCGCGGCUCUGGGAGUGUCUGCCUUUGUCUUCUUCGAGACAAAUGAAAACUACGCGUUCGUCCACUCGCUCUGGCAUGUCACCAUCGAGCUGUCGCCUUUCUUCUGUCUCCGCGGCCUCGCUCCCAGCCGGGCGGCCCCCGUGCUCGCCGCCCUCCAGACACCCCGGAAGAAGAGGAGACAGGAGGAGACAGGAAGCGAGCAGGGACGAGAAGAGCGAGAACCAGAGUUGGUGCAUGAGGCGAGAGCAGAAGGCAGGGAAGGCAAAGGAAAUGCGAGUGUGACAGGCAAAGAGGAAAGACGACAGGCAUCGCUGCAGAUGGCCAGUGAAUCGAAGGGAUCCGGAGAGACACUUGUGGACGCGGGUGUGGAGCCGCGACAAGGAGGAUUCUUUCGGAGACGAUUCCCCGGUUUAACGCGAGUCCAAGCAGCCGUUUCAGAGUUUUGUGGAAGUCGCAAACACGAGGAUGUUUCUGCAAUAAGCUGGAAAACUCUCCUGGCGCGAGCUGUUGCGGAAGCGACAGAGCUGAAGUGGCAAUUGGAAACAGGAGACGCAGAGAAGGCCGCUGGGGGCUUCGCAGAGGAGGCAGGGAGGACACCCCACACGCGAAGGGGGGGAGGCGAGAUGUCGGAAGGAGGCAAGGGGGCAGGGGACGCAGUACACAAGCGUUGUCUUUCUUCGAGGCUUGCAGAAAGAUUCAACAAAGAGAAAGGAGACAGAGAAGACUCGGACAGAGGUCACCUGGCAGGACCGUUGAUCGAGGCUUCAGCGAAGGCGAGCUGCAGGAGUCAGCUUGUGGGGACAGACAGGAGGAAUCCUUCAGAGCCUUUAGAACUGUCUUCUUCAAGGUGUGGACAAACUGGAGAGGCUCAUGGCGGAGACAAGGAAGCUUCUUUCGUUGUCAACACAGUAGACGACGAUCCUCACGCCGAUCCACCAACGAGCUUGUCCGCAGAUCAAGUUAACCAAGUUGCGUUCCUGUUGUGGCGCCAGCUGGCGCUUCACAAGCGAUGUGAAAGUGUAGGGAGGAAGGGAAGAGUUAUGUUUCAACAUCCUAACGGUUUUCAGCGAACUGUAGCUUCUUACGAAAGGGCAAACUCACAUGUUUCAUCGAGUCACUCUGGGAACGUCGUCGGCCUUCGCUGCGCAGCUUCGGAAUCGACGACAGUGUCUGCCUCGCCGUCGUCUUCUGCUUCUCCCUCUUCCCCCGCUGCCUACUCGCCUCCUUGUUCCUCACGUUCCCCUCGUCAUUCUUCACUGCCGUCUUCAUCUUCUUCUCCACCCUCUUCUUCACUUUCAGCUUCAUCUUCUUCUUCGCCUCCUUCUCCUUCAUCUUCUUCUUAUGCUUCAUCUUCACUGUCGUCGUCUUCAUCGUCUGCACCUGCAACUUCUUCAGCUCACCCUUCAGGUUCCCCAUUGCUUCCUGUGCCUGUCUGUCGGAGUUCCGGCGCCUCUCUCGGUGGCGAGUGUCUGUGGUGUGCUGUGGCGGGGCGUCUGAGUGCGUUGGAUGUGGCGGCGAUUCAGGGAGUAAUGGUUUGCUUGAGAGCGAAGAAGAUGGUCAGCAAGUUGAGUGGAAACGUCGGUUGCUCUUAGGUCAUGCUGCUCUGGGCCGGAAAACGGGUGGGUUGUGGCCCGCGAGACCCGCUGCUUUUUUUCGUCUUGACUGCACGCAGGGGCGAGCUUUCGCGGUACAAGGUUGGUGUUGUUGUUUCAGGGCAUUCUUCCAGGUAUCUUCUCCUUUUUUUCACUUUUUUCCAGCCAUUUGCGACUACCAAUUGUUUGACGCACCUGCUCACAUCAAUGGCGUUCAGUUCAUGCGUCCGGAUUUGCACGAGACGCGACGUCUUACUCCACUCUUUUGAAGCUCGAAGCAAGAGAAUCCUUCCGAAGAUCUGUCUCAGAGACAGAUACGGUUCCCUGACAAUUCAUUGAAGACGGUUCUGCAGCCGCGGUUGGCAUUCGGUUUUCUUUGCGCACUCGAGUGCACGGGAGGGUUUUGACAUUUCUCGUUCAGGAUGCAGAAACUGUUCAGGACGCUGCUGCUGCAGUUCCUCACUCUUGCGUCGUUGGUGUUUUGAGGUUUAGUUCUGGAAAACGGGCAUUGAAUCUGACCCGCAGUUCAGCCACGUGCUGCUGAAGUCAGACAAUUAGUGUUGAGUUUGAUUUUUUUUGUAUCAGGGGCG